AUGUCCCACGUACAGUUGUUUGCGAUCUGCUUCCUUGCCAUCGUCCUGCUGGCUGUGUGCGUGCACAGUGCAGAGGCGGCCACACAGGCACCCCUAUGCCAGCCUGGCAUAGUCGACGAGAUGCCGCAACAUAUCAAAAAGGUUUGCAUGGCACUGGAGAACUCGGAUCAACUGACAUCUGCACUGAAGUCCUACAUCAACAACGAGGCAUCGGCUCUCGUGGCGAACUCAGAUGAUUUGCUGAAGAACUAUAAUAAACGCACGGAUGUCGAUCAUGUUUUCUUGCGGUUUGGCAAACGUCGUUAGGGCGCUCCGCACGGUUCAAUUCCAACCUCAAUCGAUUCUACGACACGACCUCGAUAAAAGUUUGUUUUCUCAAUGGCAUACAACAAAAUGGCGUCUUCUCCUUAUAUGUGUAAUGUACUCUCGGCACAAUGGCGUUUAAUUGUGAAUUAAUCAACUUGGAAGCUCUCUAGUUCAAUAAUCAAAUGAAUGUAUUCAAAAUAUUUAAUUGCGAAUAUCUCAUACUUGUAUAUAUUCGUCAAGGACCCCCGAAAACGUAUUGUACAUGUUGAAAU